AUGUACGUACAAAUUGAUAUCAUUCGCCUCAUACUUUUGAAGUUGAAGGUAGAAGCUCUCAUCCGAUGUCAAUGCGUAUGCAAAGAAUGGCGUUCCACAAUACAAGACCUCCAUUUCAAGCUCUCCUACCGCGGAGAAAGGCGAGUGCUGGGGGCCAAGAUGUCCGCCAACAGCUUAACCUUUACAUCCAUAACGAACAGUGGUUUCGACAUUGAAACCCUAUUCCAGGUCAAUCGCUCCUUCCUUGACGCGUUUCGCCCCCUAUAUCGCUUGUCGUCUGGUGUUUGGUGCUCGUGCAACGGGCUGGUGCUUUUCUCCGUGGGAAAACAUAUUUUGUUGUGGAACCCCUCCACUCAUUGCUGCACAAAAGUGCUUGAGAUUCGCAACCCGUUGGUCCCUGGCCACAAUAUUGUCUCGGGGUUAUGUUACGUCUCGUCCACAGGAUACAAGACUGUUCUGGUGUUCCGUAAUCGCCCUGUCAUUGUUGCCAGCCUCAAGAACAAAGAGUGGCGAAAUGUGCCGUUUCCUUACAGCCUAGACUGUUUUCCAGUUCAUCAUGGAGAUGUGAAAAGAUCAUUUAUUUUGAGCCGAAGAGCGAUGAAUUCAAAGAGCUUCCCACCCCUGAACUGCAAGGAGGGAAAGGUGAAAUUAUUGGCCUUGGCCUGGGAAUCAUUGAUGGCUGUCUCUGUUUAUGCAUGGCUAGUGAGGCUAUAG